AUGGGGUCCAGUGCACCGAGACGGCCGCCGUCGGAUGACGUUGAUGGCGAUAUCUUGACCUUCUCGGAACUCGAUUUUGCAAGACUUGGCCUUGCGAAUAGGACUAUUGAUGAGAGAAACACGCCAAUUCAGGACCAGGGAGCUCAGCAAUCGUAUUUUCCGCCUCAGAAUGAUGAGUUUUCGUUCGGUCAUGAGCACCUCGAUUUCACGGAUGACUUGCUCAACUCCAUGAUCCCACCAGAACAACAAAGUGAAUUCUGGGUUGACCCUGCAUUGAGCCUGAAUUCGUGGGAAACACCCGCUGCGGCACAGCCACCAACUGGGGGAAACAUCUCGCCAUUGGCAACAUCGGGUAAUCGAGCGGGAACUCCGACAACGACAUCCCCAUUUGGAGUUCCUGGAUUCGGUCAAUCGUUCAACGGUUCUCCGAUAGCUGAGAAUUCCCAACGCGGACUUCCACGGAAACGGAGCCAUUAUUUUCGUCGUCAGCCUCAUCGAACGGGGAGUGAUCCGAUCUCAAUACCUCGCCAUAACCAUCAACGCGACAGCGCUCUAGAUCCUAUGCAAAGAUGGCAAGAAUCGCCCCCGGAAGCUGAAGCGGCGUCACUAUCUGCCAUUGCCGAUGCACUAAAAAAAACACCGUUGAGAACCCGCUCAUCCGCUGGGAGCCUAGGUCGAAGCCGUGUCGGGAGUCGCGCAGGGUCAACACAUAGUUUAGGAAGUGCGACAAGCUGUUCUUCCGCAUCGGUGGGAUCACCUCAGUCUGCAACUCGAAAAGGUUCUUUGAAAGGGCGAGUCACCAAGUCAAAACGUUCUUCUACCACUAAAGGCAAUGAACCCCAGAACAGACGGUUUCCUUGUACGUUUUGCUGCGACAAGUUCAAGAAACAUCUCGAAACUCACAACCACGCGGGAUGUCAAAAUGACGAUAAACUUCCUGUCUUCAGUCGAAAGGAUCAUCUUACCCAGCACCUUCGACUUGUCCACCACGUGAAAACGGUACCGGUUAUAGAAUCGUGGAAAGUCGAGGGACCGCCUGUGAAAUCGAGAUGUGGAAUUUGCGGUCUUCGAAUGGAGACGUGGAAAGAACGAGUCGAACACCUGGCGAAGCACUUUCGAAAGGGUGAUACGAUGGCUGAUUGGAAGGGCGAUCAUGACUUUGAACCGCAUGUCAAAGCUCGUGUGACGAAUGCACUGUCACCUUAUAUGAUUGAGGUCGAAGGGAAAUGUCCCGUGCCCUUCUCAGCGACUGAUCCAAGCUGUCGAGACCAUCUUCUUCAGAUUCGAGAGAACGUUGGACGAACGACGGAUUUUACCGAUGGGGGUUUGAGUAAUUUGGACGCGGUAGAGGAAACCGUAGCGCGACCGCAACGCUCAAUGACACAGGAUAGCAGCUCCAUGGCCUUCCCGGAGUUUCUGGUUCAUCAUCUUGGGAGAUAUGCGCAGCGACAGAUGAGCCUCGGUGUUAUUCCGACCGAUGAGAUGUUUCAGACUGAAGCCAGGAGAAUCGUUUACGAUACCGCGGAUCCAUGGGAUCAGACGUUGGCGGAUAACAAAGACUGGCUUUCGUGUUUUAAAGAACAUCAUGUUAAUGGUUCUCCAGGUAACUGA